AUGAGGGAAGACAAGAAGCUAGAGUCGUUACUAAAGGGCAUCUUUAAGGUCCUUGAAAUCACUCCGUCAGAUCCGUCACGAGAGCACACACGGAUAUGGGACCUCGUGGCGAGAAACCUAAGUUACUUAGGCCACGCGAAGCAGGCUGUAGGGCUGCUAGAGCACGUCGUCAAGGUGCGGGAGACUACGCUGGCAGAGGCUCACCCAGACCGGCUGACAUCGCAGCAUGCCCUUGCUGGUGCGUACCGGGCCAACGGGCAGACGAAGGAG